CCGGUCUGAUUUGGCUCAGCGAUAUCCCUGUAUUGUACCACAUGCACUGUGAUGCGCUAAAAAGGAGAAGAAAAAUGCGCCUACGCAGCGCACUGGCUGUGACUUGACAGAGAGGUCAUGCACUAGUCGCACCAAGCGUUACGCAACAGUCGAUACUAUCGAGAGCAUCCCAAUCGCCUCGAGAUGGUCGGGUAAGUCGGGACGCUGCUAAGCCCUCGGUUACGUAGGAAUGGGGCUGGUUCUUCCAACGGCCCUCUAUUGCCAAGUGUGAAGCUUCGCCAUUCCACGUGUCAUUUUAAACUGGAGCGGUGAAUGCUGCGCUGCGCGUCAUUCGGUCUUCUUUUUCCGUCGAACAAGUGCCCUCCGUCACUACUCAACACCAAACGAGACAAUCAUGAGGAAAUUCUUCAAAGACGCCAAGAAGAAGAUUGAAGCCGAGAUCGCGGCCAUCUCUGGCGACGAUGAGCCUCAGCAGCAGCAGCAGCAGCAGCAGCAGUACCCGCCGCCUCCGCAGCAGCCGGGGCAGGGUUUCGAGAGAGCUGUAUUUGCUCACUUUAUGCUGAGCAACACGUGCGACUAUACUGUUGACGAAUUCAAGGUCGACAUCGUGUUGGCCCAAGAAGCACACAUUGAUGCUUUUGUUUUGAACUUUGGUAUCCACGAGGAGGCCAUCGCGAAGCUCCCGGACGUUUUUGCGGCGGCUGAACAGACCGGCUUCAAGCUCCUCAUCUCGUUCGACUACGAAGGAGCUGGAGCUUGGCCCAAAGAGCGAGUCAUCGACAUCGUUAGCAGGUUCGGCCCCUCUCCGGCGUACUUCAAGCGCGGAUGGCAGCCCGUAGUGUCCACCUUCGAGGGCGUCGGCAGUGCCGCCGACUGGCAUGAGAUCAAGGCAGCGACGGGCUGUUUCUUCAUCCCCUCAUUCUCCUCCGUCGGCGCCGAGAAUGCGAUCAAGACCGGCGUCGCGGACGGCCUCUUUAGCUGGGCGGCGUGGCCCCACGGAAACAGCCGGAAACUGGACGAGGGGCUGGAUGCGUCCUACAGACAUUUCUUGGGCCCGCAUAGGCCGUACAUGGUGGCUGUUUCGCCCUGGUUCUACACGAACCUGCCCACGUGGAACAAGAACUGGGCGUGGAAGGGAGACGACCUGUGGAACGAUCGCUGGAACGAGAUUCUGGCCAUGAGGCCCGAAUACGUGCAGAUUCUCACCUGGAACGACUUUGGGGAGUCCCACUACAUCGGGCCGCUCCAUGAGAAGCAGUUUGGCGCUUUCGAGUACGGCAGGGCGCCUUUCAAUUACGUCCGCGACAUGCCCCACGACGGUUGGCGUCUCCUCUUGCCUUUCCUCAUCGACCUGUACAAGUACGGGACUGCCACGAUCACGAAAGAGGGCCUGGUGACGUGGUACCGCCUGCACCCCGGGGACGCCGGUGACUCGGGCGGAACCACGGGCAACACCAGCAGCCACGGGCAGGAGCUCUUCCACCCGGCCGAGAUCAUGGAAGACAAGAUUGUCUACUCUGCACUCCUCACCGGGCCGGCGCAAGUGACGGUCAGCGUCGGCGGCGUCGCGGAAGAGGGAUCUUGGGACGAAGACGGGGUUCCCAAGGGGGGCGUCGGCGUCUACCACGGAAGCGUGCCCUUCAACGGCAGGACUGGCGAGGUGGUGGUCACCGUCCACCGCGGGAGCGAAGUUGCUGUCCAAGUUCAAGGCCGGCCGAUUACGACCGAGUGCUCGCACGGCGGAAUGAACAACUGGAACGCGUGGGUUGGGGCUGCGAACUCCCACGUGGGUACACAUGCGGUUGCGCACCUGGGAUGAAUGAGGGGGAGAAGACAGCGUACCGAGCCUUUACUGUGUGCCGGACGUAUUGGCAUUGUGGAAGAAUGUAGUUGAAGUUCCUUAAAGUAUCCUUGAUGUGAUGCUGCACUCCAUAUUAAUGGCGCGAGGGCUACGGUCGUCGGACCAUUACUAAAGUGCGUUCUGCAAUAUGAUAGAUACAUGGGUGUGAUAGGUUACAUCAGGCAUUACAUCACCUCACAAUCAUCAGCUAUGGGAGAAGCGGAGAAGACAAGGGCGGAGGUGUUGCCAAAGUCUCUGUGUUAGUUUUCACUGGUUAAUUGAUGGGGAUCCCUAUCUUGUGAUAUCACAAAGGGUAGGAAAGUGUAGUUAAUUUAUAGUUAUUAAUAGUUAACUAGUUAACAAAGUAAAGUAGGAGUAUAAGUGUAGUAGUACCCUUAUGUAUAGGCAAAGGUAAAGGA